AUGAGAUUCCUUAUAUGUCAAGUAAAAAGCAGGUGUCCCUUCACACCCAAAGGAAUUCGCUACGUGUCCUCCAAAAAGAUAUGCAACUACUACCCCCCCCAAGGGCCAAGCGUUAGAGAAAUGGACGAGGAGUACAACAGGUUCCUUCAGAUGAAGAGAAGAGAAAAAGUUUUACCCGACAACAAAAUUACAAGCAUUGAUAUUAAUACGUUUAAAAAGUAUAAGCACAAAAACAACCCCAUUUUUUCCACCGAAUUUAAGGUGUUCAUAACUGGUUUUUUAAUUUGCGGGUGGUGCGUUUUUGCAAUUUACCUGACGGUGAGGAUUAUGUCUCCUGACGAUUUCGAAUGGGUGGAGAGUGAGAGGAAGAGACUGGAGGAUGCCAAGAAGAAAGUUAUGUUAAUAAAGGAAAGGGGAAAGGAGGUGGACCCCGUGUGA